GCCGAGUUGUUCCGAAUGUAGUUUCGCGAGAUUGGCAAACGUGCAUUUCGAAAAUCACCGCAAGGUGCUCACGAUCGCAAAAUGGGGGAAAUGGAACAAUGUAAACUCAUUGCCCAUCAGUUCGUUCAAAACUACUAUGAAACUUUAGACAAGAUCGUACUACGACAAAAUCUGACUCAUGUUUACACGGAUGAAACCCAGAUGAUGUAUGAAGGACAAUUGUACACAGGAAAGCAAGCUGUCAUGGAGAAAUUAAUGAACCUGCCAGGUAACAUGGCAAGAAUGUGCUCUGCCGUUGAUGCCCUCAUUAUAGAGAAUGGCUACCUUUUGGUGAACAUCAUGGGACAGCAGAAGGUUGAUCAAGACCCACCACUAGGAUUUGUGCAUUCAUUUGUUCUUGCACAGAAGGAUAGCCGUAUUUUUAUCGCUAAGGAAAUAUUCCGAUUAGUGCUCCAUGAUGUAUAACUCUUUGAUGAUGUUGAUGAAUCCAGAAAGUGACAAUAACACAUACGCUGACGUUGAACCGGCGUGCACCCUGGUAUGUAAAUGUGUACAAAACCUCUAAACGUGCCCAUUGUGAUUUGCCCACUUCUGAUCAACAGUGACAGCCAGUGAUAUCUACAUCCUUCCCAUCAACUUCCUCCACUUCUUCAGCCGCCAAGUUCUGUAUCAAGAAUUGAAAAUAUCAUCUCUAUCUCUGUACAAUCACCAUGGAAACUUGUAUUCACGUAAUUUGUUUUGUUGCAGUUUAGUGGUAAGGGCAGUUCAUAGACAGUUUCUUGCAUGGUGACCAUCUUGUCAUUGUUUUCAGCUGCUCUGUUCAAAGUUUGUCAUAUUAAUCUGCUUGUCUCUGUUGAUUUGGCAUCUCUACCAUGUAUUGGCCUCUGUGAUUUUUGUAUCGGUAACAUGUUUCUAUAGAAAAUGAAUGUAGAUCAAGUCAAAUUUACAUGGAUAUGCGUUAAUUACCUGUUGAAGUAUGACCUGUUCAGUUUUGCUUUAAAAAAUAAUUUCACAGGUAUUCAUUUACGAAAAUAUCUUUUUUUACACCAACUUUUCACACUAACAUGGAUGGUUUCAGUUGAAGAACUCUGUCUUUUGUUAAACAUUAACCAACGGCCUCUGUACAUGCACAAUCAUGUAUUGUCCGCAGUAGAUUACAGUAUUCCUCUUUUUAUACUUCUCUGGGAACCCUUCUUUUUUAAACUGGGACCUCUAAAGUUUGGACUUUGGGUCCACUUGCACUCCCAGAAUAACUAAGUCAUAUAAAUCCCUUAAUAGCAACGAACAGGAAACUGAAUAAAACAAGCAAAUAGAUUGAUCUGGUCGAGAAUCAUGAUGUAAUCCAAACUGAGCUUUGAAUGUUAUGCGAUCCAGGCAGGCAAACAAGAGACAUAAAACCUGGCCAAUAAUAUUUCACUUCACAAGUAAUGGAUAUCAAGCAGAUGGCAACAUAUGGACAAAUUUUAUGUCAAAUUUAAGAAUAUAUAAAAAUUAUAUUCGUAAGAUUAAUUGUUUGUUAGGUUGUUGUGACACUGAUACACCAACUUCAUUGAAUAGUAUUGAUGAAGAUGUCAAGUUAAUGUUUUGUCUUUCUCAAAGAUGACCUUGAGGAAGAGAUAACAGGGUAUAGGUUUCCAGACCUAACCGUGGAAAUAUACACAACAUAUUGUAAUAAGCUUUACCGAUGACUGAUGUUGAAUAUUGUUCACAGUUGGUUCAGUACAAUUUGAGCAUUUAGACUUAAUUUCAUUGAUCUUAAUUGUAAGUUCAACUGAAUUUCAUGUAUUUCGUUUACUAUCAUAUUUUUCCAGCUUGUUAUUUUUCCUAAAAAGUUAACUGAGUUAUUUGGAUUAUUUCAUGAACAUAUCACACAAUUUCACAACCUAAUUAAAACUGGGGGUUUUCUUACGGUAUAUGCUAUGAAAAAUGUGUUGUUCUUGAUCAAAUUCACAGAUUGUUUAGGUUAAGGCUGCACAACUAACAUGAAAUUUGCUUUCUAAUCUUUUUUUGAUUUAUUCCUUAAAUUGCAACUUUUGGAUAAUUAUCACCAUUAGAUUGUAUUUGUGUGUGAUCAUUGCACAAUUGAAUAUGAGCGUCAUUGGUUUCAGCCAAAGUAUUUGUUCAUAGGUUCAACAAAGAACAUACAUUUAUAACGAAAUGGUAUUGAUCUCAGUUACAGAUUGGGCUAAAAAAUGUUCAUCUCGUAUGGCAGCAUAAAGAAAAUUGGUUAAGGAAGUGACAGUGAAAAAUUGUUUUGUUGUCAAAUUCACUAAGAUGAUUUUUACGAAUGCAGUCCUGAUUACAUAAAGCAAUAAUAGACAAUCCAUCAUCAAACAGCCUGUAAUCAUGUUUACUGCAUGAUAGAUAAUAGCAAAUUGAAUCAACUGAAAUGGAUAAGAGAAAAUGAUAAAUAAUAAAAUAAUAAGAAUCAGUCCACUAGAUUAUCAUGUGGGUCAAUGGGUCAGUAUGGGCUCAAAUAGAAUUUACGGUGCCCUUAUGCAUUAGACAAUUUGCCCUGUACCUCCAAAUCGUACCUCCACAUUCAUGUUUAAUUAUUAUGAGGCUAUUGCACACACAAAAUGAGGGUGAUAGGCCUUUAAAACAUUGAAUACCAAGAGCACAUUACCACAGGCAGACAAGACCAGUGUAAGGGACAAUUAAAGGGGGACUUGGUGAUCUGCUUCUCAUCCGCAGGUGAAGCUAGAAUCUAUCAAUGUUGUAAUUGUGCCAUGCGUGAAACAGACAUUGUUUAAGUGAAUUAUUGAUCUUUGUUAAAUGCUACAUGAGAUUUGAUAAAGAGCUGUGGUGAUUUGAAAUGUGCUGGGACUUCCAAUUAGCAGAGCUUAGUCCCUCUUUAAGGAUGUUGGGUCCUGCCUGUUCAUCCUUGUGGCUGCAGAUGACUACUUGUCCCCACGGGAGGCUGGGUAGGCUGCAGAUCCUUCGACUGUUGUCCAUCGCUGGUAUAAUCUUCAGUGUUAUGAAUACAAUGCUUACGAAUAAACCUUGAUCUGUUUUUGA